GACCCAGGUCCUGGAAGAGGAGGCUGCAGCUGCCCUGCAGGAUGUCCUGGAUCCCGAGCCCUCCAGCCUGGAUGACGUUUUCCAGGAUGGGAAUUCAGUCAACAAGAUUGAAGACUGGCUUCAGGAUUGUGGAGACUGGAGAAUCAUUGCUAAGCUAACUUUGGACAAUGCAAUCAGGACAAAGGCAGCACAAUCUAAAAUUCAGCUAACUCCAGUCCCAGCUCCCCCUCAAUUCCUAUAUGAAUUUGUGUCAGUCAGGUAACCAGUCUGUCUUGGUUUUCUCCAGUAUAAAAGCAAAUUAAAUACUCCUGACCCCUAUUGGGAGGUUGUGUGAACAUGUAGGAGAUAUUUGAGGAAACCCUUCCUGAAAGAGUUGUGAUUUCAACCUAAGAUUAUUUUGGGGUUUUAGAUACUCUGAAGAAGGGUUUUCUGAGGAAGCAGGACAGGUCACCUACAAGGGUGAGUAUAAGCUCAGUUCUUCUAUUCUUCUACCUGGACAGUCAUAUGGCUAUGGGGUGGAGGGGGGCUGCUCACACGUGAGUAUGUAUGCAUAAGAAUGCCUGAACGCCUUUAAACUGUCUGCAAAACACCCAUUAGCAGUCACAAAGAAGUCCAGAAGAAAGAGCAAAUGAUGGCUGAGAGCCACAGGCUCAUUAAUACUGACGUUUCAUCUUCUAUUACUGGUCGAUUAACCACUGCUAUAUAAAAAUAGCUUUAUAAGAUGUGUUUAUUUAUGUGUGUGAGUGUACAUCUCCAUGUGCUUAUUCUCUGGCAGGGGACUGUGUUCAUAAUUAUGUGAUAUAUGGGGCAGGUUAAUUAUAGGUGAGUGUAUAUGUGAUUCUUUCCAAGUGGACGUAUAACUGUGAUUUCUGAGGUAGUUUCUGUAUAGGUGGAUAAUUUUGCAAACACGUGGAUAUCCAGUGUGAUUAUGUGGUAGUACAAAGAUAAGGACAUUUACAGAUGUUCAUGUUUGUAGCUGUGUGUGUGUGCAUAUGUGUGUGUGUUCAUGUGUGUCCAAACCUGCUUUCCGGUGACCUCUGCCUGAUUAUUUGACAGGGUGCCCCAGCCAUGGGACCAGCUUUGAAGAUGACUUGACCCUCGGAGCAGAGGCAGCACUGUUGGCUGCCAAUGGAAAACCCUUUUCCAGGAGUUUCCUGGAGACAGCCCGGCCCUGCCAUCUACUCGAUCUUGGCUGCAGUUUGGCCUCUAGCAGUAUGACUAGUGGGACCAAUAAGACUAGCUCAAGCAUCUCAGAGAUUCUGGACAAGGUGCAAGAAGAUGCAGAAGAUGUCCUCUUCAGUCUGGGAUUUGGCCAAGAGGACCACAAAGACACUUCUCGAAUUCCAGCCCGAUUUUUCACCAGCCCCUCUCAGGCCAAGGGCAUUGAUUUCCAGCUCUUCCUGAAGGCCCAGGUGCGGAGGAUUGAGAUGGAGGACCCUUGUCUCAUGCUUGCCAGCAGGUUUAAGCAGGUGCAAACACUGGCUGUCACAGCUGAUGCAUUCUUCUGUCUAUACUCCUAUGUGUCCAAGACACCGGUCCAAAAGUUCACACCAUCCCACAUGUUCUGGAAUUGCAACCCAACUAAUGUGCCAUCCAUCAGGAUCCUAGCCCCAGAGCCUGAACCCCACUCACCCAGAGAACGUCUUCGGAAAGCCAUCUCCAAGAUGUGCCUGUACACAUGCCCCCGAGAUCGGCUCUCACCACCCCACAACACUCCCAAAAGGAAUAGUUUGGACCAAGUGGUGUGGGAAGUGAUGGACAAAGUAAGAGGAGAAAAGCUGGUCCUCAAACAGGACCCUGAAUUUGGGCCAGGCCCCCAUGAAGAUCCUGUGCCACCCAUUGGUGGUACCAAGCUGCCUUCUUAUUGCCCACAUGGCCUCUGCCCAAAAGAGGAAACACAGCAAGGGAUGUCCACUGUGCUUGCCCCAUCACAAACUCUUGAUUCUUACCCCAAGGCAUCCUGUCACAAAAAUUCUCUGCCACGAGCAGAUAUAAAGUGGAGUGUAAACCCUGCACAGGUAAAGAGAGAGUUGUGGGCUGGACAAGCCACCAAUGAGGAAGCCUAUUCAACCCAGGGUGAGGCUUUCUGGAGAAGGAAAAGCAGAGCAAGAAAGAGCCUGUUCCAGAAGAAUGUCGUGGUCAGGGAGGGCAGGAAGUUUAAGUCAUUGGACCUGUCCAUCAUUCAGCAGAAAUGGAGGCAGAGCCCAGACAAAGCAGAGUUACACCGAUCUCUAACCCAGCAUCCGCCGGACUUCUUUGAUUUGGAGGAGGUGCAAAGCAACAAUGAGGAAGAGGCGAGCCAUUGGCCCAGUGGAUCCAGACACUCCAACCACUACCAGACUUCUACUGGCAAAGAGUCAAGAAGCUUUCUCCUCCACCAGUGCAAUAGCACAUACUCUGACAGCAGUGACUUUAUACAAGAACCCAGUUCCUAUCUCUUUGCGAAGGAGAUUGUACUGCCCCCAACACCCAGCCCCUGCUCCCUGGACCUGCAAAGCUCUGAAUUCAGUAGGAGAAAGGCAGCAUGGUGCACUGGAAAGAAGACUGGACUAAGAGACUUGGAGUCUUCGUCCUGAUGCUGUCCCAAACUGCAUGCACAGAGGAAGACUUCAGUCACAUCAUUUCUCUGCACACCAGUUUUUCUAUGUGGGAAUUGGAAUAAAUGUUAUGAACACUGGUAAACUGGACAAACACUUCAUUUUCUCCCAAGCUUUGACGUUGCCAAGAACUGUUAGAGGAUUUAAAAAUGAUCAAGUUUGGAGACCAAGGGUUGCUGCUGGAAUAACCUCAAAGGACUCAAACUAAGUAAGGAAGAAGAAAUUCCACCUUCAGCAUCUGAGUUUGACCCCAGGAAACCUUGGUGCAACCUGCAAUAGGAUUCCCUCUGAGUCUCCACUCAUCCCUAUUUCCCCCCAAUUAAAUUUCAGGAAAUGUUCCACAACACCAGAGUCCUAUUUUUUUUCUUCAGGCUUCAUGCAAGGAGAUCCACUUUGAGCCACUGUUGGGGAGAUAUAAAGAAAAACAAAAUCUUCUCCCAACCCAGAAAACCUCUUCACCAAGGUAGAAGAGUUGGAAAAACAAUUUGAUUAUUGAAUAAGCAUUAAACCGAAUGUGAUGCAUCACAGGCAAUCAGCCAAGAGAUUGCAAAACCAAAAAGAGAGCUCACCUUUUUUUAAUGUGGCUAAAUGAAUAUGAAUACAACCCAUUACAAAUACAUUCUCAAGAUGUUUCUCAUCUUUAUGACCUGAGAUAGGUUUGCAAUUCUUAGCAAGGAGUCCCCUGGAAAUUCUGCUAAUCUCUUCCCAGGAAACUGAGAGACAGGGAUGAUAUCUUCCUUGAUUACAUUUCAAAAAGACAAAGAGAAAAUUUACAAUUACAGGUUUUUCUAAAGUAAUACUGAGAUGAGAGGGAGAAGGAAGUCUCUUCCCUUAUAUACAACCAGGAGAAUUAAGCCCUAUUUAUUUAUUUAUUUAUUCAUUUAUUUUCUGAGAAUGAUGCUGUCUUUAUUUGAAAUUUGGAUAUUUUACUAAUCAUGAAUUUUUUUUCAAUUUUAUUGACAUGUGUUCACAUACCAU